GUUUUGUCGGGGCUGAACGCAGCCCUGCUUAGCACACCUUGCCCGGAAAGGUCAAGCCUCUUACCAUAACGUGGAGAUGCAUGCGCUCAGUGUUAUUGUAAACAUGUCUUUAAUUUUACCCUAUCAAUUUGAGCCGGAAUCAGACCCGGAGAACAUAGAUGAAGAGGAUCGAGUAGAACCUGUGCAAACACGGCUUUUGCAGGAUGUUUCACAAUGUGAUUCUCAAUCUGUCCUUAUACCUGAUUCAACUCAUUAUCUCAAAGGAACUACAUGGCCUGAAUUGUGCAUGAGAAUUUUGAUUCGCAAGAUAAGAGCUGACGUCUGCAUCAAGACCCUCACCAGUGUCGGUUAUUCACAGUCACUCACUGAAAUGGAGAGGUCAGUCGUUGUUUUCGACGUGCUUUUAUGUGUUUUUCUGUUCAGUCAGAAAAUAAUCUCUGGAGCAGAAGAGGAGAUGAAAGUCAGACCGGGAGACAACAUCACUCUCUACUGUGAUCGCUCUUUAACUCAUGGCAUCAUUGUAUGGAUAAGAAACUGCUCUCAGGAAAAUCAAACCUCUCUUAUAAUAGAUUUUACAAAAUGGGGCCAGGAGAUAUUAUGGCAUUUCAGCUCUCUCCACAACCGCUCCAGUAAUUCUUAUGAUCUACAUAUUACUAACAUAAGUGUCUCUGAUCUGGGACUGUAUUACUGUGCAGAAGUGGAAAAUAAGGUCAAUUAUGAAAAUGGCAUCAUCUACUCAUCUAAAGUGUACUAUUAUGGAAACCGAAAAACUCGUCUCUCUCUUGCAGUGUCUCUCAUGCUGAGCAGUUCAACAUCACCUCCACUCCUCGUGUAUCAGACUGUGUUCUCUGCUGGACGCUGCUGUUCAGUGUGUGUCCGGUGUGUGUUCUCCUCUCCUCACUCCUGUCCUCCAUCUGUGUGUACUGCCUCUGUCAGAGGAAAACUGCAGGUUCUGAGCGGAGUGCAGAGAUACUCACAGUGAAUUUUAUUAAGGGGGUUCCUACAGAGACACAUCAGUGUGAGACGAGUAAAACUGGAAAGAUCUGCCUCCACACUGAAGUCUCUUAUAGACUGCUGACAUCUUCAUAUCCCUAUGCCAAGAUGUGAUUCUACUGCUCAGUUUAAACAACUUACUGAAAACUUCCUGUUUUCUAUUGCUCUCUUUUUGUACUCGGCAACGUCAGCUCUGAUUUCUGAACUCUUUUGUAGCACAUUUAGUACACAUGCACACAUAUACAAAAAACUUGCAGCACAUUUUUAUAUAUAAUUAUACAUUUACAUAUGCAAUUAUGCAUGAUGCACAACACAUUCACACUGAUGCCAUUAAAAACAAUUUUUUUUUUUAUUGGAUUAAACAAAAUAAUAAUACUAAUAAAAAAACAGGCUUCAAAAUAAUAA